UGAUGCGACUGAACGGUGAACGGACUUAACAAACAAAUGGUGACGGGUGACGGUCUAUGAUUAUUGACUGCGACAGCUCAUCGUUUGUAUAACAGUAGUUUUUUUGUACAUUCCAUCAACAAAAAUAUUGCUUUAUUAUUACUAUUUCUUUUAAUAAAAUGUGGGAUCCGACACAUGUGCAAGUAACAGUCCAAAGAGCCCGUGGAUUAUUAAUUAAAGGUAAAAACGGUACUAAUAACUGUUUUGUUACUAUUGCCCUCGGUAAAGAAAAGUUUCAAACUUCCGUGAAACACAAAGCUACUGAGAACGUCGAAUGGUUAGAAGAAUGUGAACUACGUAUUCCAUCUCACGGCAACACUGCUGAAAUCGUUUUGAAAGUUUACGACGAGGAUUUUGUAAAGGAUCACUUACUAGGUCAAGUAUCGAUUCCGUUAAAAGACCUCGAUGUCUAUGAACGUCCAAGAAAUCGCUGGUAUACAUUGCAAGGUAAAACUGGGAAAGAAAGUGAUAAAAAAAGAGGCGAGCUUGAAGUUAAAAUAGGUUUUACAGUAAAAGAAGGAAGCCUGACAGAUCUUAGCAAAAAGGAAAAACAUAAAUCAUCUUUGUCAAGUAUUGCUCAGAAUGUAGGCGGAAGCCUUAUGAGUAUCGGAAGCAUUGAAAAACGUAAAGGUAUCAAGAAAUUCGCUAAGAAUCUUGGUUCCAAAAUUAAUCUGACAAAGAAAGAUAAGAAAAGUGAUACUUUAUCACUUGAUGGCAGUGUGGGGAAUCUCAAAACUCCGACUUUGCUGACGCCCGACCAUUCAACACCAAAAAGAUUGUCAGGGGAAGCAGACCCUGGUGUAAUUAGUGAAGAUGAAGAUGAAUUUGCUUUUGAUGAUCUGUCCCAUAAAAGUUCUGGGAGUUCACUCAAUGUCCACACACUACCAAGAGGGCAUAAAUAUACUCCAUCGCCAGUUAAUGCUUCCCUUGAAAACCUAGGAGGUGGAGAAUUCUUAAGAAGAUCAACAAGCAGUAACUUAGCAGUACCUGAUAAGUUAGCACCUCAAAAACCUGUCCGCUUGAGUUUAGACACAUUCACAGCUCCGCAGCUGCCUGCUCAAGUGAUAGAUAAAAAUGAUGAGUGGUCCCAAAAACUUUAUUCCCGUCCAAAAUCCAAUAGCCAGAGUACUAUUGACAGAGAAAAGUCAUCAAGUCUAGAAAGAAAUAAGAAACUGGAUAGUCCCAGUUCUCUGAAAGAAAAGCCUAGCCCAAAGUUCUUUAAAAAGUUUGGUAACAAUAACAAACCAAAGAAAUUGUUAGAGGAGCGAAUUAUUGUUGGUGAAGAGAACAUUGUUGAAGAAGAUGCUAUCAAUCCAGCCUUUAAUAACAUUCCUAAGACGGUCUUGCAACAGUUUGAUGGAAAGACAAGAGAAGAUUUAAUUGUCAUGAUCUACAACAUGCAAAAAGAUGCAGAAGCUGAAAAGAAGAAGAAUAAAGAUUUAGAAAAUUAUUUAGAUGAAUUGUUGCUUCGAGUUAUGGAAACAACACCAAGAAUCUUACAAAACCCAUACACAAGAAACAACAGUAUGCAUAUGAGAAACAAGUGAAUUUAAAACUUUCUGAAAUCAAUAUUUACAAUGUCAGGAGUGAAUUAUAUUAAUAUGAUAAUCACUGUUUUGAAAAUUUUACAGAAUUGAGUCCAUCCAAAGUAAAAUUAUUAAUGCAAAGAUUGUGUCAUAGUGGAUUAGUAUGUCUAAAUAUGGUAUAAUUUAAAAUUAAUAAAAAUUUAAAUGGAUGCCUUGAGAACUGUGGCACAGUAUUAUAAAAUAAACUUAGGUAAGUACUUGUCAGUUCAGUUAUGAGAUUUCUAGUUAUAAACAUGUUACAUUAUUUCUCAUUAUUUAUUAUGCAGGUGAAAUUAAAAUGUACUUCCUUAUGUUCAUUAAUUGCUAGUAAGAUUUCUUCAACCUAGUGCCUUAUAAAUUUUACUAAAUCUGUGAUAAAAGCAAAUUUGAUUUGAUACAGAAAUAUAUUGCUUAUUUGAUAAAUUACUAUGAGAAUUAUGAAACUAUUAGCUACUAAAUAUUUCAAACAUACUCAAUUUAUACAUAAUAUGUCUAUGUUAUUAACUCAUCUAUAUAUCUAUAUUUUUAUAUCAUUAAAAGCAAACAUGCUAACACAUCACCUAUUGUUAUGUGACCACUUUAACCUUGGUGCCAAAUUUUGUUGUUUGAAAAUUGUGGAUAAUUUUACUACCAAAUCAAGAUUUUUAUUUUUGUAUUAUCUGAUAUGAUAUGGAAUGUAUUCAUUUGUAAAUCUACAAUCUACAAGUUUUACAACCCUAAAAUAUAGUAACUUUUUGCUUCUAUGGAAAUAUUAUUAAUCCCAUGGGUGCGGAGUUAUUUGAGAAUAUAUUUGCAUGUGGAACGGAAUAACUUUUGAUUGCUUGGAGUAUUAUGUAAAGGCAGUACAUUUAAUUUAAGAAUGUUAUUUAUAAAAUAUUAAAAGUUUAAUUUUUGGUUUGACGUCUUAAACACGUCAUCCGUUCUUAGGGGGGAAAAGCAAAUGACGUAAAUGUAAUGAAACAAAAAGAAAAGCAAACUGGAAACCAUAUGUGUGUCACAAUUAUUAAUAUCUAAAUAUAGAAAACUAUUAGUUGAUUUGUGAAAUACUAUUAUUGCAUUGCAUAUAUUUUAUGAAUGUAUAUAUACUUUAUCAUUUUUAUAACUACAGUGAACCUUUGCUAAAUAAGUUUUGGGCAGUAUUGAAGUAUUUAGGUGACUCUUUCAAUUUGUCUGGGCGAAUUACAAACAGACGACAUUCACAAUCGAUCAGUUACAUAAAUAUGAGUGGGUGAAUCAUGUGUUUAGUGAUUCACUUAUAAUGAAAACUCUUAACGAGUCAUGUAAUAAACCAUAGACAUACCGGUUUAAAAGAGUUGACCAUUAUUAUUGUUUAUAUAACUUUUUUACAAAAAAUGUAGCUAUUUCAUAGACAAAACUGAGUUUCAAAUUACUUCAUAAUAUGUGCAAUAUGAAUUAGCUCAUAAGUAAUUAUACAUCUCAUUUAUUAAUGAAAGGCAAUUUAGGUGUAAUACAUAUCAAGGUCCAAGUUGUUAUGUCUGAAACAUGGAGAAAAAGUUCAUAUUACUUUGGUACUAGAUGAACAAGCCUUUAUUUACUUAAAUUUAUAUUAGUGUUAUUAUUCUUAUGUAGUUGUGUUAUUUCAGUGCAGUCAGCAAAAAACAUCGAUGAUUUUUAAUCUUCCUUCACUUACACUUAUGUUCACCAAUACACACAGCUGAGCACUGGGCUCUCUGACCUUUUUAAGACUUGGACUGCAGUGAGAAUCACACAACUAUUAUAUUUAUGGUUGCAUAUUGAACAAUGUAACCUUGAUUAUAUUCUCCACUGAGUGAGUUGAUAAAUUGUAAUUUUAGAAAUAGGAUACUAUAAGCCUUACUUGUAAUUCAAAGAUUUGUUUAGUGUUUAUUUAUUUUUUAUUUCAUUUAAAUACUAAAAUUGAUUUUAUUUACUUCCUUUACCAUUUUUCAUUAACCAUCAAUUGUUUGAUUUUGAACUUAUUUUUUAUUAACAAUUAAACUACUAACUCUUAAAUUAUUUAGUUCAUGUAUCUAAUAGUUAAGAGUAAAGUAUGUUUAUAUUCAUUGAUU